ACGACUGUACCGGUCGAAGGACGUUCGCGAAUUCCACGCUUCGAUAAACUUCCACGAUAUCAGCUGUUACCUGUCAGCUGCAAAAAUCAACACGCGUCGUUCGAGACGUUCCGGCUUCGCAUCUAUCUUUGUUGUUGUUUCGACAAACCCAGCCAGAUUGCCAGAGUACUUGUUUGAAGACACAAAAAAUGAGGAAAGCAUAUCCAUGCAGUAUUAGCACAGCCCUGCUCAACCCACCAUGGCCCCCAUAUUUCCAGUUGGAAUAGUCGUUGCCUUGAUUGCAGUCAUGACGGUGCGACAUCAAAAUGUAUUACAGCAGCAACAAAAGGAUACCAGCGACAGCAAGGGUAUCCAAGAGAACAGCAGAGGUGCAUUAGAAAAAGCCCGCAAGAUCCAACCUCCGACAAUCAGUCUCAUGGAGGGUGGAGAAUAUGAACAUGGCGAAUUUUGGGGCGAGCAAGAUGCUGUUAUCAAGGCUGCUUGGGAAGAAUGGUGGAAUCAACAAGAGACAAGCUUACCCAAUCUAUUGAAGGCCAAAAAUGAAAUGAUGGACUCUGCUUUGGUAAGAGCUGUCCAACAAGUGCGUCAAAAUCCCACCGAAGAAAAUGAGGACCAGCUGCAAAAAUUAUUCCAACCAAUUGUUGCCAAUCAAGUCUACCAAAUUCCACUGUUGACUCCCCGUGGAGUGCAAUUGGUGCGACAACAUUUGGAUGUGGCUUCCUACUACUACAAUGACCGCAAGCACCACAACAACAAUCAGACACAAGACAACAAUAGCAGUCCAGUGGAAAAAGCUGGAAUUCCAACCCGUCGUCCCAAUGGCAUGAAUCGCUAUGGCAUCAUUAUUGAUCCCAGUAUUGAAGGAGCCGUUUCCUAUGCAGAAAUCAACAAAUGGAUGCAAGAGUUGGUGGAUGAAUUUGUCCGGCCUCUCAGUCGCAUGCUUUUUCCCCAAUUGACUUCUCGGAACCAUCCUGAAGAUGACUGUGAAUCCUAUGCUUUUACCAUUCGGUAUCAUCCAGAGGAAGAUAUGGAACUCAAAGAACACUCGGAUGCUUCUGUCUACACCAUCAACAUCAAUCUGAAUCUUGUUCCAGAAAAGAAUGGCUCAUCGUUGGAUACUACUACUGUGCAAAACAGUAAUGAACACAGUACCACACAUCACGAUCAAUCUACAUCUACUACUACUGAGCAGUAUGAAGGAUCCUCUCUAUACUUUGUGGAUCCAGUCACAGAAUCCCAACAACAUGUUUCAUUUUCUCCAGGAAUGGCUGUCCUCCAUCGUGGAUUGAUACGACAUGCUGCCUUGCCUAUUGAGGAGGGAGAACGGCAUAAUCUUGUCAUUUGGUUGUUUGGACAACAUGGUUAUGUCCGUUUUGGAGAGUAUCCCAAAUUGGAACGGUUGACAGUGGCAGAGCGGUGGGCAUGA